UACAAGCGUUACUGUAGUGAUUUUAACCGCAUUAGCGAAUUGCCUCAACAUUAAAUUGUGAUUGUUAUAAAUACAUAUAUAUAUAUAUAAUACGUUUUAACUUGUUUGAGCAGCAUGAGAGGGUGAACUGGUGUUCAUGGACUGGUGGAUUGAGGGAAUUUGUUGUGUUAAGAAAACACCAAAGCAAUCUUCAGGAGUGAGAGGAAAAACUUGUGCUCACUGUGACCUUCUCCUGACAUGAACGUAGCGACACUACAGAGAGGUGAAGUGACCCCAGCGCUGGCUAUUGAUUGGUGGUGACCGCUCAGUGCCCCCCUGGCCUGUGACAUCUCAGAUCAGAGGGCGGUGGUGGAAAUCAGACUCCAGCUCAUGCUGCACAGUGAGGUGGACAUCAUCUGAAGCUCUUGUGAAUAUCCAGUCAGUUACAACCUGUUUCCUAUUUAAGUUCCCCAUAGGAUGGACAAGAGUCUUCUCCCUGGAUCCACCAAUAUAGUCAUGGCUAGCCCUCCCAGUUCAUUCCAGCAAGAAGUUCUCACUCCACCCAGAUCCAAUCACUCGUCUUCCCUCAAACCAAACCAAGUGGGUCAGGUUAUUCUGUAUGGAGUGCCCAUCGUCUCGCUGGUCAUUGACCACCAGGAGCGUCUCUGUCUGGCUCAAAUCUCCAACACUUUGUUAAAGAACUACAGUUACAAUGAAAUACACAACCGCAGAGUAGCCCUGGGCAUCACGUGUGUACAGUGCACUCCAGUACAGCUGGAGAUCCUGAGGCGGGCCGGUGCUAUGCCCAUCUCAUCCCGGCGCUGUGGUAUGAUCACUAAGCGUGAGGCUGAGCGACUCUGCAAGUCAUUCCUGGGUGAGAACAAUCCUCCCAAGCUACCCGAUAACUUCGCGUUUGAUGUGACACACGAGUGCGCAUGGGGCUGCCGUGGCAACUUUAUUCCCGCUCGUUACAACAGCUCGAGGGCCAAAUGCAUAAAGUGCUCCUACUGCAACAUGUACUUUUCCCCCAACAAAUUCAUCUUUCACUCACACCGCAUGCCCGAGGCUAAGUACACCCAGCCUGACGCUGCCAACUUCAACUCCUGGCGCAGGCACCUCAAGCUGUCAGAAAAGUCACCACCAGAUGAUCUGGUAUUCGCCUGGGAGGAUGUGAAAGCCAUGUUCAAUGGCGGCAGCCGCAAGCGGGCACUGCCUCCUUCCCACUGCUCCUCCAUGGACUCUGUGAAGGCUGUCAGCUCAGUCCUGCCUCACAUGAUAUCUUCUGAUCUGGGCCAGAAGAGAGGCAGGUACGAUGAGGACGAGGACCUGGAUGCCAGCAGCCUCUCUCCUCACAAGAACCCACGUAGUUAUCCUGUCAUUCCAGUGCCUAGCAAGGGCUUUGGUAUGCUGCAGAAAUUUACACCCACUUCACUUUUCCCCAGCCCUUACACCUUCCCAGCAUUCGGUUUGUGUCAGCAAAAGAAGGAUGACAGUGAUGCUGUGACCGGGCAGAAAAAUGGUGCAAUCUCAGGCCUGCUUUGGCCAGGCCGCAAAGAAACUUUUUAUCCUCCUUUUUGUAUGUUCUGGCCCCCAAGAACUGCAGGGGGCAUCCCAGUACCUACAUACCUCCAGCCACAGCCAAAUGCUCUCUCCACUCUUACAGAAACCCCCUCCCUACGCCAGGCCUUCCUCGACCUGAGUGAGCAAAGUGACGCUGCUACAGGAGGUGGAAGUGGUGCUGCUAUAAGCACCAAUCCCAGAGCAGGCUUGUUUGAAAGCGAAUGCCCCACAACCAUGACCUCUGAGUUGAGGCCUGCCCCAGAAGGCUGGCUCAAACUUCUAGAUGCUCCAUCUCUGCAAGCCCGCAAGGCCAGCUACCACUCUGCCUUUCGGCCGGUGGUAAAGGAUGCCGAAAGCAUCGCAAAGCUCCACGGCAACCUGGAGGACUUUGGUGCAGAGAGGCACCUCUCACCUGGCACCAGCUGCAGCUACCAGAGCGAGAGUGCGGAGAGCGACGAGGAACAGGAAGUGGAUGUGGAAACCAAGCAGGAUGAAGAGCAGGAAGACUUCAGCAGUCGUGCAGCAUCACAACAUCAGCCGUGCAGUCUUCACGUUUCACGACUCACCGAAGGCCCCGUAGGCGACAGAGACAAAGACGCACCUUCCUUCUCCACCAUUCCCUCUGAAAGCUCUACAGAGGACAAACCAAGCUUGGCUGCCAGUCCAACCACCUCUCUCAAAGGCCCGAGCCCCAUUCAUGCCUCGGUAGAGGACACUGCUGCCUACAAAAAUUCUCACAAGGGCAGAGACGACGGACUACCGGCAUAUGCUGCAAAAGACAAAACAACACGAGCAGAAGAAAACAAAGAACAGAGUAAUUUCUUUAUCCCGGAGACAGAAACGUCUGCACCUGAUUACUGGAGAGAGAGCACAGCAGAACAUAGUCACGAAUCGCACACUCCUGCUUCGCUCAAGAAAGGUGUUGAAAACAUGGGAAAAGAGGAACUCCAGAAGGUCCUGCUGGAGCAGAUCGACUUACGGAGAAGACUCGAGCAGGAGUUCCACGCCCUAAAAGGCAGCUCACCGUUUCCCGUUUUCCACAACUUUCAAGACCAAAUGAAAAGGGAACUGGCGUACCGAGAGGAGAUGGUGCAGCAGCUACAGAUGAUUCCCUAUGCAAACAUUAUCAGAAAAGACAAAGUUGGCACACACCUGAACAAAAGCUAAAAUGGCUGCUCUCAAAAUCCACUGAAACACAUCAUCUGGAUUUUUCACGGCACCACGGCGCUCGUCAUCUGCUCACCAACAUUUGCUCGAACAAACGAACUGAACGGUAACAACGUGGUGAAACAAAACAAAAAAAACUCCAGCACUAGUGCUACAUCACUCCCCCAGUCACUUUCUGUACAGUAAUCUCAUUUUGUGCAUUCAUUUAUUUAUGCAUUUAUGUAUCUAUUUAUUUAUGUAUUUAUUCAUUAAUUUAUUUGUAAAAAAAACAAACAAACAAACAAAUUGAACUGUGUAUAAAUAUACUGGCUACAGAA